CCCCCCCCCCCCCCCCCGGGUUUCAGAAGGGGUCUCCAGAUAGGUAGCACUAGCUGUUCACUUGUAUGGAACCAGAUAUCGCCUCUUCCUAUCACAACCAGUACAAUAUCGACGGUAGGAAAAAGACUGCUUUCCCAAGACAAGCCCCUCUAGCGAACCUCUUUGAUGUAAAUACUACCGAGUCAGGAAUCACAGCUUUACAGUGUCUCUGGAGGAGGAAUCGAAGAGGCAGCAGGAGGAUCCACCCAGCACCAGCGGACCAACCAUGACCUCUGACACUGACCAUCGUCAAGACGGCCCAGGUCCAGUUCUCUCCAGGAUAUCAGCGAGCACCUCUGAGGAGGAUGUUCUCUGUCCUAUUCCACCUCUCCCCCCCAGACCUGAUUCUCGGUACGAGAGAAUUGGAGGCCGAACAGGGACUUCGUUUUUACAGACCCUGAUCCACCUCCUGAAGGGGAACAUCGGGACAGGGCUGCUAGGUCUACCUCUGGCUGUCAGGAACGCAGGCCUUGUGUUAGGACCUCUGAGUCUGUUUGCCAUGGGGAUAAUAGCAGUCCACUGUAUGAAUCUGCUUGCAAAAUGUUCCCACCACCUCAGUGCAAAGUUGAACAAGCCCUUUCUGGACUACGGUGAUGCUGUGCAGUAUGGUAUGGAGAAUGUCUCGUGGCUGAGAAGGCACUCAAUAUGGGGGAGGCGGAUAGUAAACGUGUUUCUGAUCAUCACCCAGCUGGGUUUCUGCUGUGUCUACUUCGUCUUCCUCAGUGACAACGUCAAACAGGUGGUGGAGGCUUCUAACGGGACAACCAUGAACUGCCACAGAAACCAGACGGCUGUGACCGUCCCCAGCUUUGACUCCCGUCUCUACAUGUUGUGUUUCCUGCCAGCCAUUAUACUCCUGGUGUUCACCCCAAACCUGAAGUAUCUGGCACCACUCUCUCUGGCAGCCAACCUUGCCAUGUGUACUAGUCUGGUCCUCAUCUACUUCUUCUGCUUGACGAACAUCCCAAAUCAUAUCAACCUGCCCAAGGUGGGUCAUGCCAAAGACUACCCUCUCUUCUUUGGAACGGCCAUCUUUGCUUUCGAGGGGAUAGGAGUGGUCCUGCCCCUGGAGAACAAGAUGCAGAAGCCUCAGAGUUUCAAUAUGGUUCUAUAUCUGGGAAUGGGCAUCGUCACCUUCCUCUAUAUCAGCUUGGGGACCAUAGGGUACAUCACCUUUGGAGAGGCCAUAGGGGGAAGUGUCACCCUUAACUUACCCAACUGCUGGAUGUAUCAGAUUGUAAAGCUUCUCUACUGUUUCGGUAUCUACAUCACCUUUGCCCUUCAGUUCUACGUGCCAGCUGCGAUCCUGAUUCCUCCCGUGUUGUCCCGCUUCUCAGAGAGAUGGGAACUGACGGUUGAUCUCCUGAUCCGCACUGCGCUCGUAGUCUUCACCUGUGUCCUGGCCAUAUUGAUCCCCCAGCUGGACCUGGUCAUCUCCUUAGUGGGGUCCGUUAGCAGCAGUUUCCUGGCUCUCAUCUUCCCUCCACUCCUCCAGAUCCUCACCUACCACAACGAAGGUCUGUCUCCCUGGGUCAUCGUCAAGAACACCCUGAUCUCUGUCAUCGGCUUCCUUGGCUUCAUCACCGGCACCUAUAUAUCCAUCACAGAGAUCAUCAAACGCAACGGCAGACAUGACAAUCUGGAUGUGACCUUCUUCCAGGUCCAGUGAGAGAUUUAGUGAGGAAGAGGAGGAUAUCUUGACAGUGGUUGGUCUGGCAAACAGUGGAGGCUGGUGGGUGGAUAAAAUCUGAAGACAGGCUCAUUUUUAGUAUGGAUGGUACCUUCCUUCGAUUUAGUGACACCAGCCUCCACUGCUGUCAAACGAUCGCAGUUAAAAGAUGUCUUCACCCUGACUUCAGACAUGUGUUUUUCUCACUUGCUCCAUUGUCCAUUGAUUAAACAUUUAUUGAUAUUGUGAGUCUGCUUACUGUUGUGGUUAUUGGUCGCUGUGGAGCAAUUAUUUAAUGGAAUAUAAGUGUAAACCAACUAAUUGUUACAGUAACCGUAUAGCCAAGAAGAUAACACAUUUUAUUUUAUUUAACCUUUAUUUAACUAGGCAAGUCAGUUAAGUAACAAAUUCUUAUUUACACUGACGGCCUACUCCGGCCAAACCCGGACGGCGCUGGUCCAAUGGUUUCCGCCCUAUGACACGAGCAUCAUUCUCUCUGUGCCUUAUGAGCUUCCAUGCUUUUAACUUCUUAUUUUUAUGGUGUGCUUUUUAUAUAUAUUUUUUAAACUUUUCCAUGCCGCAAGAGCACCUAUCUUGCAUGUUUUAUUAUUUUAUGUUGAAUAAUUUAGCCAAAUCAUUGAAUAUUGAGCAAUCACAUUCUCGUAACAUUUAUUAUUGUUAAAACAAGGUACUAAUAGAAAUACUCAUUAUUGUUAGACGUUCUGUUGAAAUACAUCCUGGAAGUUGUCCAAGUGAUAAAAUAGCAUUUACAUAACAGUUAAGUUCCAUUUUGAUUCGUAUCAUAAUUCUAUAAAGGCCUUGUUUUAACUACAGUAUUUCCAAUAGAAUGGUAAAUGACUGACCGUGUUUAAUAUGACUAUCAGAACACUACAACCUGUAGUCUGACAAUCACCAUCAUCAUUACUGCUGCACAUGUAGCUAUGACAUUGACAUUGAAUACAGUUUCCUGACUACAAAUUGAAUACAGUUUCCUGACUACAAAUUGAAUACAGUUUCCUGACUACAAAUUGAAUACAGUUUCCUGACUACAAAUUGAAUACAGUUUCCUGACUACAAAUUAAAUACAGUUUCCUGACUACAAAUUGAAUACAGUUUCCGGAUUACAAAUUGAAUACAGUUUCCUGACUACAAAUUGAAUACAGUUUCCUGACUACAAAUUGAAUACAGUUUCCUGACUACAAAUUUGAUACAGUUCCUGACUACAAAUUGAGAGACAAAAAGAUGUAAUAGUUGAAUGGAAUUUUUUAGUUUUUUAAAAGGAAAAGCAUCAUUUACAUGUUUCAAGUCAAGCUGUCCAGAUCACCUACUGUAAUACUGAUUAACUUAAGGGACUGUAAAGAAAUAUGACCAAAUGAUGUGUAUAUUGUGGAGCUAAUACCAUGUGUUAUUCCUCAGUUGAGGUCAUUUAUGUUGGUGCUUUCAUUUAUUACAUUUGUCUCAAGUUGGGCACUGGAUUUAUUCAUCAUGCUCUAUUUUUUUAUUUAGGCAGCAUUUAUUUUAUCACUUGUCUCGGUUGUGCCAACUGUUUUCUUGAGUUUUUAGACUGAAUGGGCCUAGUUUAGAGUGGGUUGGACUGAAUGUGCUCAGUUUAGAGUGGGUUGGACUGAAUGGGCCCAGUUUAGAGUGGGUUGGACUGAAUGGGCCCAGUUUAGAGUGGGUUGGACUGAAUGUGCUCAGUUUAGAGUGAGUUGGACUGAAUGGGCCCAGUUUAGAGUGGGUUGGACUGAAUGUGCUCAGUUUAGAGUGGGUUGGACUGAAUGGGCCCAGUUUAGAGUGGGUUGGACUGAAUGGGCCCAGUUUAGAGUGGGUUGGACUGAAUGUGCUCAGUUUAGAGUGAGUUGGACUGAAUGGGCCCAGUUUAGAGUGGGUUGGACUGAAUGUGCUCAGUUUAGAGUGGGUUGGACUGAAUGUGCUCAGUUUAGAGUGGGUUGGACUGAAUGGGCCCAGUUUAGAGUGGGUUGGACUGAAUGUGCUCAGUUUAGAGUGGGUUGGACUGAAUGGGCCCAGUUUAGAGUGGGUUGGACUGAAUGUGCUCAGUUUAGAGUGGGUUGGACUGAAUGUGCUCAGUUUAGAGUGGGUUGGACUGAAUGUGCUCAGUUUAGAGUGGGUUGGACUGAAUGGGCCCAGUUUAGAGUGGGUUGGACUGAAUGUGCUCAGUUUAGAGUGGGUUGGACUGAAUGGGCCCAGUUUAGAGUGGGUUGGACUGAAUGGGCCCAGUUUAGAGUGGGUGGGACUGAAUGUGCUCAGUUUAGAGUGGGUUGUACUGAAUGGGCCCAGUUUAGAGUGGGUUGGAUGUCAUGGUGAUACCACAUGGCAUUGGGAGAACUGAACUGAUUGCCACUUUUUUCAACUAGCUUUGAACAAUGGCAAGUUUUGAUCUAUUGUUGAGUUUGGACUUUAUUGUAAAUAAAAAUCUAGUAUUCUGAAUUGUC